AUGGAUCGAAAGCAAGCGGAGAUAAUUGAGAAAUACCAAGAGUCGGCUUUGAGGGAACGUGAUAGAUCCAAUGACGAAGAGAAUAACAGCAGCGAUGACGAUCUUUUAGAACUUUUAGACGACGAUGACGAGGUACUAUCUAAAUACAGAGAGGCAAGAGUCGAACAGCUUUCGAAACAACUCAGAAAAAUAGACAAGGCAACAGGUCAACGUGACAAUUUUGGGUCAGUGACAGAAUUUAGUGAUGAAAAGACUCUCAUGAGCACUAUAACCAAGGAGGAUAUUGCGAUUGUUCACUUCUACCAACCUCAGUUUGAGAAAUGCAAAAUAAUGAAUGACAGAUUGGCUGUAAUUGCUGAAAAGCACUUGACGUUAUUUGUUUCCAAGAUACGAGCAGAAGACGCACCUUUUUUGGUAACUAAACUCGAUAUAAAAGUGCUUCCUUUUGUUCUCGUUUACAGGAAGGGAAAGGAACUCUGUAGAUUAGUGGGCUUCGAGAAUAUCAGCAGAGAUGCAAAUAAUAUUUCAGUGGAGGAGCUUGAAAGGUUUCUAUAUCUCAACAAUGCUAUCGAUAGACGUACCAUAAAUUUUGGCGCAACAAGGAAAAGCAUUAAUGCAAAUAGCGUCAACUCCGAUGAUGAUGACUUGGAUCUAUAG